CGAGUGGCCUUCCGCGGGUGUUGCUCCUGAAGCCACCGGCGUAUGAGUGCCGGUAUCGUGGCCAUCCCGAGGCCCACAAGGCAGGACGCCGGGAGCGCGGCGGAGGGGCAGUACGGCUCGCUCCCGGCUGGACGCGGGAGGAAGUCACAUCCGGUAGGGGCGGGCUCGUGGAUUCCGGAAGUGCAGGCAGCGGCUGAUUGCCCGUGGCGGCGGCUCCGGUAGGAGAAGAUGGAGGGGCUGAAAGACAAGACCCUGCAGGAGCUGGAGGAAAUGCAGAAUGACCCAGAAGCCAUUGCCCGGCUGGCCUUGGAAUCGCCUGAGGUUCAGGACCUGCAGUUAGAACGGGAGAUGGCACUGGCCACCAACCGGAGCCUGGCAGAGCAGAACCUGGAGUUCCAAGGUCCCCUGGAAAUCAGCCGCUCUAACCUCUCAGACAAAUACCAGGAGCUGCGGAAGCUUGUGGAGCGGUGCCAGGAGCAGAAAGCCAAGCUGGAGAAAUUUUCCUCAGCACUGCAGCCUGGGACCUUGUUGGACCUUCUACAGAUUGAAGGCAUGAAGAUCGAGGAGGAGUCUGAGGCCAUGGCUGAGAAGUUCCUGGAAGGUGAGGUGCCCUUGGAGACGUUCUUAGAGUCCUUUUCUUCCAUGAGGAUACUGCUGCACCUGCGUCGAGUUCGUGUAGAGAAGCUCCAGGACGUGGUGAGGCGGCCUCGAGCUCUGCCAGAGCUGGCUGGAGAUGCCCCUCCAAAGCGCCCGCCACCCCCACGCCCGGCGCCCCAGGCAGCACCCCCUGAGACUGAAGAACAGACUCCGCAGCCCUCUGUAGUGACUCCCUACCCUUUGCCCUACAGCCCAUCCCCAGGCUUGCCUGUGGGCCCCACAGCCCAGGGAGCCCUGCAGCCAGCCCCCUUCCCUGUGGUGACCCAGCCUUCCUCCUAUGGGGGGCCCCUGGGUCCUUCUUACCCAUCACCUCAGCCAGGACCCAGGGCCAUGGUGGGUUACUCUUGGUCUCCACAGAGGAGUGGCCCGCCCCGGCCUGGCUAUCCUGUGGCUCCGACUAGCACCUCUGGUCCAGGAUACCCCUUAGUGGGGGGCCAAACUCCUGGUCCUGGUUAUCCUCAACAGUCCCCUUACUUCCCAUCAGGAAGCAAACCUCCCUACCCAACACAGCCUCAGCUCCCUGGCUUCCCAGGACAGCCCCCGCCGCCAGUGCCCCCUCAACCUCCAUACCCUUCUGGGGUAACACCCCCCUAUGGCUUUCACCCUCCAGGAUCUGCCUGGCCUAGGUAUUAGUCUGGUCCAUGUCCAUCUUCUUCCUUCUACACCACAGCCUUUGGCCUCCAUUUGCUGAGAUUUGAGGUUAACACUGGACCUGGAGGUGACAUGCUCUGAAAUGUUUGGACACACAGGAGCCUCGAGCCUAUAGUUGGAAGCACAUAGGCCUCCUGAAAGGCCCUGAACAGUACAGCAUGAAUCCUUCUGGGAGCUCCUUCUGCCAGGGACCAGCUCAGCACAUCCUGAGUGGCCUGGUGGGGGGGAGCCCAGGGCUCUCUGGUGUCUGCGUGAACGGGUGUGUUCAUGUCUUUGCACAGCUACCUGCGCUUGAUCCCUGACAGCUGAACCAAUGUAGAAUGAUCUUGAUGGCAGGGUGGCCCUGGGUCUCAGACCCUGCUUAUCCGGGCUGUCCCUUGGAACUUGGCAUGUUUGGUGUGGAACCACAUGCCAAGUGAGGUCAGAGCUCUGUCUGUCCAUUUAAGGACAGUCUGUCUUAUUUACCACAGUUGGGUCCUAGGAAAAACGGGGACUUCGUGCCCUGAGAGCCUUAUUUUAGCUGCUGUGCCAAUGUCAGGCAAGUGUGUUCUAUGUGCUGACAAGGACCACAGCAGCAGUGGUAUCGUGAGAGAGUUGGGAUGCCAAGGGAGAACCAGGCCUCAAAUUGUAUGGUUAGAUGUCCUGGGGUCACCCUGGAGCCCUUGGCUGGAGUGGGGGACCAGGGUUACCUCCCAGCCAUUUUCCACUCCUGGGCCCCUCCACUUCUGGCUGGCUUUUUCUGAGGUUCACCCACCCCUCCACUCCUUUAGUGCCUUGACUCUUAUUUGCUAGCUGCCCCUUUACCUUGUGUAUUUCCUUCCUUCUCCCAGUGUCCCUGCAGAACAGACACCAGACCUACCCUUUCAGAACAUCCCCAUGGUGCUUCCCAGACAUCAUCACUACACUGGGGCUGCUUUCUCUACACUCUGUUUCCAGACUAAAGGGUAGGACUGUGAGUGCAGCCCCAGCCCUGGAUGGGGCCAAAGCCUGCUUAGUAAUGAAAGUGACUACACUAUAUACUGAAGGGGUUGCAGCAGAUGAUGCAUCUGUAUGGCUGGUCCAGAUGUGAACCAGGUCUCAGGGUGGACCCUGGAGCUGCUACGGGUUAGGAAACUGUAUGUGCCUUGAAACAUCCCCUGCCUGGGUACCCAGCCUCUGGUGGACCAAGGUGCUGGGGGUCAAGGAGGAACCCCAUCUUCUGGUGCCACUCCGCCCACAGGCCACGGGUGCAGUACCAACUCGGCUUGCUUCUCCUAAGUUAUUUAUAACGUGGAAUCACUAAUGGAGUCUGUGGUAGACUGCUGCUGAACUGGAUGAUGACUGCCCGUCUGUUUGUGCAAUUGCCAUAAUAAACGUUGAUGAGUUCGGUG